UUUAUCCGUUCAGCCGAUGGAAGCUGAAAUGGAGAGUAAACUUUCUUCUAAGAGUGAUCAGCCGUUAAGAGAGCACAAUGAGGGAGAAGAGGCGAAAACAAGUGGUUCUUUAACGAUAACCAAGAAGGAUAUUGAUUAUCCAGUAUUACAGAGGGCAACAACUGACCAUUCCAAGUCCAAGAAGGAUGUCGCAAGUGUGGGAGAGUUUUCAGAUCCAGUGUACAAGAAGCUGGCUCGGCUGAAUGGAGAGAUUAACAAGAUGACGAAAGACCAACUGAAAGCAAAACUGACAGCACUCAAACUAGACACCAAUGGGGUGAAAGAAGUUCUGAAACGCCGAUUAAAGAAUUUCUACAAGAAGCAAAAGUUGAUGAAGGCGCGCAUCAAGACCCCAGGCAGCACUAAGUACGACUACCUUGUUGUCAUUGACUUCGAGGCCACGUGUGAGAGGGAGGUGGACGACUACCAGCAUGAGAUCAUCGAGUUCCCAGCAAUACUGGUCGAUGUAGCCGAGAUGACCAUUGCAGAUGAGUUUCACUCCUACUGCAGGCCUGUGUUGAAUCCCCGGCUGACGGACUUCUGUGUCCAGCUGACAGGCAUCACACAGACUAAAGUGGCUGCUGCACCAGAAUUCCCACAGGUUCUGACAUCUUUCUCAGAAUGGAUGCAGGCUCACCAUCUAGGAGACGGACACUCAUUCGCCAUCGUCACAGACGGUCCCUGGGACAUGAGCCGGUUCCUCCACAUGCAGUGUCAAUUCAGUGGCCUGGACUUCCCACGCUGGGCCCGCAAGUGGGUGAACAUCAGGAAAGUCUACAGCAACUUCUACCAGUGUCGUCGAUGUGGUAUCGAGGCCAUGCUCAUCAGCCUUGGUAUGUCCUUCGAAGGUCAGCUUCAUUGUGGGCGGGAUGAUGCCAGGAACAUCGCACGCAUCGCCAUGCGACUGCUCAGUGAUGGUGUCACUUUCAAAAUUAAUGAGUAUCUAACACAGAGCACUAACCGUCGAAAAGACAGAACAGCCGAAGUGGAAAAUGUGUCCUCAUCAAACCCAAUACCGUCAGAUAUCUGCUCAGAGGACGAGUUGGAAACAGGAGAUGGUGCAAAGGUCACUGAUGAGGUCAAGACAAAGGUCAAGGCUAGUAAGGUUGAUUCAGAAUUAUCAAGUGGUGUUAAGAAGCUGUCUCUGUGUGACGAACAAGAUGAAGGUAUUGAAGAUUUGCUGGCUUACUACAAACUGCAGUCUUCGUAACGGGCACCAGCUUAUGGCCAUACAGUCCAUCACGACCUUUGUAAGUGCAUUAUGGUACACACUUUCCACUGAUUGGAUGAUCUCCAUAUUGCUUCUACUGAGCUGAUUGGAUGACGUCGUCAUUGCUUCUACUGAGCUGAUUGGACGAUGUCAUCAUUGCUUCUACUGAGCUGAUUGGAUGAUGUCCUUAUUGCUUCUACUGAGCUGAUUGGAUAAUGUCCUUAUUGCUUCUACUGAGCUGAUUGGAUGAAGUCCUCAUUGCUUCUACUGAGCUGAUUGGAUGAUGUCGUCAUUGCUUCUACUGAGCUGAUUGGAUGACGUCCUUAUUGCUUCUACUGAGCUGAUUGGAUGAUGUCCUUAUUGCUUCUACUAAGCUGAUUGGACGAUGUCGUCAUUGCUUCUACUCAGCUGAUUGGAUGAUGUCCUCACUACUUCUACUAAGCUGAUUGGAUGACGUCCUCACUACUUCUACUGAGCUGAUUGGAUGAUGUCGUCAUUGCUUCUACUGAGCUGAUUGGAGGAUGUCGUCAUUGCUUCUACUAAGCUGAUUGAAUGAUGUAGUCAUUGCUUCUACUAAGCUGAUUGGCUGAUGUCCUGAUUAGAAGACGUCCUCAUUGCUUCUACUGAGCUGAUUGGACGAUGUCAUCAUUGCUUCUACUGAGCUGAUUGGACGAUGUCAUCAUUGCUUCUACUAAGCUGAUUGGAUGAUGUCGUCAUUGCUUCUACUCAGCUGAUUGGAUGAUGUCAUCAUUGCUUCUACUGAGCUGAUUGGAUGACGUCGUCAUUGCUUCUACUGAGCUGAUUCGAUGACGUCCUCCCUUCUUCUACUGAGCUGAUUGGAUGAUGUCCUCAUUGGUUCUACUGAGCUGAUUGGAUAAUGUCCUCAUUGCUUCUACUGAGCUGAUUGGAUGACGUUCUCAUUGCUUCUACUGAGCUGAUUGGAUGACGUCCUCAUUGCUUCUACUAAGCUGAUUGGAUGACGUUCUCAUUGCUUCUACUAAGCUGAUUGGAUAACUUCCUCAUUGCUUCUACUAAGCUGAUUGGAUGACGUCCUCAUUGCUUCUACUGAGCUGAUUGGAUGAUGUCCUCAUUGCUUCUACUGAGCUGAUUGGAUAAUGUCCACAUUGCUUCUACUGAGCUGAUUGGAUGACGUUCUCAUUGCUUCUACUGAGCUGAUUGGAUGACGUUCUCAUUGCUUCUACUGAGCUGAUUGGAUGAUGUCAUUGCUUCUACUGAGCUGAUUGGAUGUCGUCAUUGCUUCUACUAAACCGAUUGGCUGACGUCCUCAUUGCUUCUACUAAGCUGAUUGGAUGACGUUCUCAUUGCUUCUACUAAGCUGAUUGGAUGACGUUCUCAUUGCUUCUACUAAGCUGAUUGGAUAACUUCCUCAUUGCUUCUACUAAGCUGAUUGGAUGACGUCCUCAUUGCUUCUACUGAGCUGAUUGGAUGAUGUCCCCAUUGCUUCUACUAAGCUGAUUGGCUGAUGUCGUCAUUGCUUCUACUAAGCUGAUUGGAUGACGUCCUCAUUGCUUCUACUAAGCUUAUUGGAUGACCUUUAUCAUUGCUUCAACUGAGCUGAUUGGAUGAUGUCCUCAUUGCUUCUACUAAGCUGAUUGGAUGAUGUCGUCAUUGCUUCUACUGAGCUGAUUGGAUGAUUUCCUCAUUGCUUCUACUGAACUGAUUGGCUGACGUCCUUAUUGCUUCUACUGAGCUGAUUGGACAAUGUCGUCAUUGCUUCCACUGAGCUGAUUGGAUGACGUCCUCACUACUUCUACUAAGCUGAUUGGAUGACGUCCUCAUUGCUUCUACUGAGCUGAUUGGAUGACGUUCUCAUUGCUUCUACUAAGCUGAUUGGAUGAUGUCGUCAUUGCUUCUACUAAGCUGAUUUGAUAACGUCCUCAUUGCUUCUACUAAGCUGAUUGGAUGACCUUAUCAUUGCUUCUACUGAGCUGAUUGGAUGACGUUCUCAUUGCUCCUACUAAGCUGAUUGGAUGAUGUCGUCAUUGCUUCUACUAAGCUGAUUUGAUAACGUCCUCAUUGCUUCUACUAAGCUGAUUGGAUGACCUUAUCAUUGCUUCUACUGAGCUGAUUGGAUGACGUCCUCAUUGCUUCUACUGAGCUGAUUUGAUGAUGUCAUUGCUGCUUCUACUGAGCUGAUUGGCUGACAUCCUCAUUGCUUCUACUAAGCUGAUUGGAUGAUGUUGUCAUUGCUUCUACUGAACUGAUUGGCUGACGUCCUCAUUGCUUCUACUGAGCUGAUUGGAUGAUGUCCUCAUUGCUUCUACUAAGCUGAUUGGAUGAUGUCCUCAUUGCUUCUACUGAGCUGAUUGGACGACGUCCUAACUACUUCUACUAAGCUGAUUGGAUGACGACCUCACUACUCCUACUAAGCUGAUUGGACGACGACCUCACUACUCCUACUAAGCUGAUUGGACGACGUCCUAACUACUUCUACUAAGCUGAUUGGAUGACGUCCUAACUACUUCUACUAAGCUGAUUGGACGACGUCCUAACUACUUCUACUCAGCUGAUUGGAUGACUUCCUCACUACUCCUACUAAGCCUAUUGGAUGAUGUCCUUAUUGCUUCUUCUGAGCUGAUUGGAUGACGUCCUCACAACUGCUACUAAGCUGAUUGGAUGACGUCCUUAUUGCUUCUACUAAGCUGAUUGGAUGACUUCCUCACUACUCCUACUAAGCUGAUUGGAUGACAUCCUUAUUGCUUCUUCUAAGCUGACUGGAUGACGUCCUUAUUGCUUCUACUAAGCUGAUUUGAUGACAUCCUUAUUGCUUCUUCUGAGCUGACUGGAUGACAUCCUCACUACUGCUACCAAGCUGAUUGGAUGAUGUCCUUAUUGCUUCUACUUAGCUGAUUGGAUGAUGUCCUUAUUGCUUCUACUUAGCUGAUUGGAUGAUGUCCUCAUUGCUUCUACUUAGCUGAUUGGAUGAAGUCCUCAUUGAUGCUGUUGAGCUGACUGGAUGAUUUUGUUUUGAAGAUAAUAAAUAAGUGUGAUUGUGCAGGUGGCCACAUGUCUAUUUGGAUCAUCAGUGUAUGUAAGGUUUGUGUUCACUGGGAACAUGCAGCUUGUUUCUACCAAAGCGCAGUUGUCGGGUUAUUAUUAGAUUAAGAGAUUAAAUGCUUACCAGUUGGCAAGUAUUAUUCAGACUUAACAAUUUACAGAGUUUUAGUGUAAAUAUAUCAAGCACAGCACUCAUAUUAACGAAUCAGCAUUUCGCAGCCAGUUGUUUUGGUUGAUCAUUAGCAUGAUUAGAGCAGGAUAUGCAUUUGUUUCCACUUCACAAAGGGAUCAUUUGAUUUCCAUGAAUCAACAUGCCUCAUUUCACUGGAUGAUUAAAAGUAGAUAUACGUCAAGCUUCCACCACAAUGUAGAUGUAUGUAUUUACUGGUCAUGAAGAAACCUAGUGUGGCCAAGUGGCUGGAGACAAUUCCCUUUAUAAGUCCUUAUAAAGGAUGUUCUUGAGAAGUUACACUGAAGGGGUCGUUGUCGACAGGAGUAAUACGGAUAUGUACCCCAGGUACGUUUCUGUAUACAGAAAUGUACCCAAGCCAAAAUCAGAAUACAGAAAGGUACUUGGUACCCUAAACAGCGGAUGAGUCCGUAUUUCUCAACCCGAAACCGAAACCGGUUCAUGUUAUGGUCCUGGUUCGCCUGAUGACGAGUGCAUGCUGGAUAAUGGUGUGCAUCAUGGAAUAUUAGAGUAGUACGUAGAUGUCACUGUGUUUGUUUGAUUUUAACAUAGUACACUGGAUGUGUCGUAUAUAUAAGCGUUCAAGGAAUCGGUUAAGUGCAUUGCACAAUACAACCUGCAGCUGAAUGGACUCAUCCUGGGGUACCUUUCUGUGGCAAGAGUACAUUUCUCUGUCCCCGGGGUACAUAUCUGUAGUACCUGUGCCGACAACGGCCCCUUCAGCAGAAGUUACCUGUUAUGUUUCCCUUUACCAUGUUGGCUUAAUAACGCUCACCUGAAUGAAAAAAAUGAAUGAAUACAGCUACUACAACAACAGUGUUCCCGCUGGCUUUUGAAACUGCCAGUCCCCCCCUAAUUUUUGCCAGUCCAACCUUUCAACAGAUAUAAAAAUGUAUGAAAAUUAUUUGUUUUUAAUUCUUUCAACAUCAUGUUCAGUGCAAAGAUGUCAUCUCUGAAGUAACUUUGAUCUAUACGUCAUUCAGUCACAAUUUUCUCUUUUUUUUGGUUAAUAUUUCAAGACGAAGUCGCUACAAAUGGAUAUUUAACCUAGAAAUAGACAAGGGGAAACCCUAUUGGUAACAGACAAGCUGAAAAAUGUACUUAUAUGAAUAUCACCGAUGUUUUAUUCACCAACAAAGAUUUACUAGGUACUUUAUUUGCCGAUCCACAGGGACUGGCAGUCACAUAAAUUACCGGCCCAAGCCUAAUUUUACCGGUAAAAAACUGGUUAUUACUGGUAAAUGGGAACUCAGGAACAAGGAAAUCACCUAAUACACGUAGAAUAAUAUGGAAGAUUUAUGUUGAGUGUGUUCAUUUUCAUCAUCACAUAUAUGUAAAUGAGCUAGAUAUUAAGAUUGAUAACUGUAAUUUAUUGUUGAUAAGUUUUUUAAUUCACUUUGUUGAAAAGCACAAAUAAAUAUCUCAAAAUUAAAA